AUGUCAAUUUUGAAUAGAUGGUCAUCACAUCUUGUGCGAUUGAGCAUCAGCCUGCUAAUAAGACAAAUAAAGUCACGUCCGAGUCCGCAGUCGAUAAACCAGGAGGCUUUAUUUAUUUGUAGAAAUAAAGAGUAUAAACGACAACCACAAGAAAGACAUGCGUUUUGCAAUUGGGGCCUUGAUUACCCGCCGUUAACAGCGUACCAUAGUUACGUAAAUGCGUACAUCGCUUCAAAGAUAAACUCCAGUUCCGUUGACUUGAAGAUAUCUCACGGGUUCGAAUCAGAAAGACGUAAAACCUUUUUGCGUUCAACAGUUUUAGCCGCUUAUACGUUAAUAUUUUUACCAGCGUGUAUUUUAGGUGCGUCAUUUAUAGAUAAAGUAUUCAAACAGAACAUUUUCCUCCAACUGCGCGUUUUGUUUAUUACAUACCCGGGCUUAAUAUUGAUAGAUAAUGGACACUUUCAAUACAACAACAUAUCUCUCGGCUUACUACUGCUAGCUGUGUAUUUCAUAUUAAACGAUUUCAACAAUGUAUCGGCUUUAUCGUUCUCUCUGGCCUUAAAUUAUAAGCAAAUGGAAUUAUAUCAUGCCUUGCCGUUCUUUAGAUACCUUUUACGAAGUUGUUUAGUUGAAAACUGCUUCAGCAAAAAGUUGAUAAAAUUUCUGAAAAGUGCUUGUGUGGUAACGCUAACAUUCCUUGCCCUAUGGGUGCCUUGGUUGACUUCUUUGGACUCUUUAAUUUCUACUACAAGUCGACUGUUCCCUUUAUCCCGAGGAGUUUUUGAAGACAAAGUAGCUAAUAUUUGGUGUUCGCUUAACGUUAUUUAUAAAUUUAAAAACAAAUUCGUCAACACGCAAAUGGCGUUAAUUUGUUUGGUAACAACAUUAUCUGCAGCUUUACCAACAAACUUGAACUUGUUUGCUUGUGGAAAAAAGGAAACGUUCCUUUAUACCUUACAAAACACUGCAACUGCGUUUUUCUUUUUUUCAUUCCAGGUACAUGAAAAGUCUAUUCUUUUAGUAGCUUUGCCAUCGAUAUGUCUCUAUGGAUUUAUGCCGUUUGCAGUUACUUGUUUUUUAAAAGUUUCCAUUCUAAGCAUUUUGCCGUUAAUUAUUAAAGAUGGACUUACCAUAGCGUACUUCUCUUUAGUAGUAGCAUACAAUGCAAUAUUGAACGCUUUCUAG